AUGUUGAAUGUCAAAAAAAUAUGCAAGGAAUUACAGGAAGCCUUUGAGUCCGAAGAGAACGACCCAGUUGCUAUUAUGACUAUAAUAGAAAUCUUUGUCGAUAAGGUCAGCGCUAAUUCUGUUUCAUUAGUUCAAAAGAGGCUAUUUCUUUUAACUUUGUUAGAAUUGUUGGAGAAUAACAAAGAAAUCUUGGCUCAAAUUGGCUGGGAUUUACCAUUCCAAUUAAUGAAAUUUUUAAACAAGAAUAAUGUGGAUAUACGUAAAUCUAUACGUUACGAUCAGAUUGCCACUGCGAUUAUCCUUGGUUUCAAUUCGAUUGCUCUUGGUGGUUUACCAAAGGAAACCUUGGACACUGGCUGUGAAUUACUCGGAUCCUUAAACUACGACGAGGAGGUCGCUGCAUUUGAAGCUGAUGAAUCAAAACAAGAAAAGAAAGAAAUCGAUAGUUCUGAUGAGGAAGAAGAUGAGUACGAAAUAGAUACAGAAGAUGAGGCAGAACAAGAUUCUCAGUUUCAACAAGUCAGUUACGAAAGGGUCCCCGGUGACUUUUUUAUCGGGUUUAAAGUCUACAUUCUUUUUGAAAUGAUUGGUGCUACUUUGAAACGUAUUAGUACUUUGUACCCAUCCAAAUAUUUGAGUCUGGUUGUAACUGCAACUGAGAAUAUGCUCCUACAUACUGCAGACCAAAUGCAAGAUCCAAAUUUAUUGAUGCGUCGUAUUCAUAGCUUCUGUGCAUUCUAUGUUCCAUUGGAGGUACCUAAAGAUGUAUUAGCAAAAGUUGAUACGAAAGAAGAAGGAGCUUUAACUCAAGAACAAUUAGAUGAAAUAGUUAAGAACGAAAAGGACUUACAAGUGAAAUUAUUAAGAAGAUUAUCUACCUUUUCUAUAUCCAGUUGUUUGAGACAUACUGCAAUGUUAAGCGAAACGAAAUAUUUUUGCAAAGUUAGUGGAAUGCCUUACCAAUCUAUGGAUUAUUAUGAAUCUCUAUUUGAAUGCCAAAGUAGGUUUUAUAACUUCGCUUUAUCUGUCGACGUCGAUAUGAAAAAAGAAUUUAUCACUUGUUUAAAUGAAUCCAAGAGAGUAUAUCAAGCUUUACCACCAGAUGAAGAAAUAACAUCAGAUGAAGCAAGAAAUGUCAUAUCGGAAGUAGUAUUUAAACUCUCUUACUCAUAUGCUUUACAGAAAUUGGCACAUGGUAAAAAAUUAUAUAUGGCUCCAGAAGGUAUUGUAUCAUUAUCAGGUAUCCAUUACUUAGAAUAUGGUGAACAUUUAUUACCAGAAAUAUCGUUAGAUGAUGCCAUAUUCCUAUAUUUGAAUUUCACAACAAGAUCAUUUUAUUCACCAGUUUAUGAAAAUACGAACACUGAAUCUACUGGUCGCUACUGGUUAUGGGUCAGUUUAACUCACAAUUCAUGUUCAGCAUUAAAAGAGCAAUUAUCAAGGGUUCAAGGGUACGUUAUUGAAGUACUAUUAAAGACAUUAUUAUUGAAAAAUUGUUUGGAGACUAAUAGUAAAAUGCGAAUGGUUAAUUUCACAUUAAUGACUCGUCUUCUUUGUUUGAUAAAGGAAGAUAUAGCAUUUUCUUUCAUUACAAAGACUUUAAAGAAUUUCCCAUAUCCUCACGGUAAAUCUGCUGUUCUGGUGAUGUUAAGUGAUCUUAUAAUGAAAACUAGGUCAAGAAAUGAAAAAGUGAUAUCUACCGAUGAGAAGAAGGACGAGAAAAAUGACACAGAUGAAUUAAUUGCUAAGAUGAAAUCUUUAGACAUUGAAGAGAUCCCUUUCAUUCAAUUAAAUAAGAAAAGAAUGCAAAUAAUAGACAAAUUAGCAUUGGAUGCUAUGAAGGUUGCAGCUUCUCCAGAUCGUAAACAGACAGACAUCAAUUUGGUGACAAAUUAUUCAGACUUCAUGAAAUCAGUUAAGAGUAAGUGGGAUAAGAAAUUAUUAGUGUCAUUUGAAAAAGAACUUGGGUGUGCUCUCAACACCUUAGAGAAAGAAAAAUAA